UAAAAAGGAUAAUUUAGUAAAAAAAAAAAAAGAAGAAGAGAGACGAAAAUGGAGAGGAGAGGUGGUGGAGGGUGAUGAAUCGCGCUCUAUCCUCAAAAACCGUAGAAAAAUCCUCUGAAAAUUACCCAACAAAAAAUAUAAAAAAGAAAAGCUUCUCCCUCCUUUCCUUUUAGAUUCUUCUCUUUUGUCUGAAUCCCUUUUUCCUCGCACAAUCCCGAGAUGUCCGACAGGAUACUCUGCAAGUUCUUUGUCCAUGGCUCGUGUUUAAAAGGAGAAAACUGUGAAUACUCUCAUGACUCCAAGCACCAUGCCAAUAAUGUUUGCACAUUCUAUCAGAAAGGGAUAUGUUCAUACGGAACUAGAUGUAGAUACGAACAUGUCAGAACCUCUCAACACAAAGGAGAUCACGGUGACAACAAACCCCUUAACCUCUGUUACACCCACCCGAGAGAACACCCAAUCUGCUCCUUCGCUGCUGCUGGAGAUUGCCCGCGAGGCAGCCAGUGUCCGCACAUGCACGGAGACAUCUGCAGCACCUGCGGGAAGAAGUGUUUGCAUCCUUUCAGACCCGAGGAGCGAGAGGAGCACACGAAAGAAUGCCAGAAGAAGCAGAAACACAUGGAAGCUCUGAAGAAGAGUCAAGACAUCGAGUGUAGCGUCUGUCUGGAUCGUGUUCUGUCGAAAGCCACUCCAGGGGAGAGGAAGUUUGGGCUGUUGACGGAGUGCCAUCAUCCCUUUUGCAUACAGUGUAUUCGUAACUGGCGAAGCAGUGCUCCUGUUUCGGGGAUGGAUGUGAACAGCACGCUGAGAGCUUGUCCUAUAUGUCGCAAGCUGUCGUAUUUCGUUGUGCCGAGUGUUGUCUGGUACUCUACUCCUGAAGAGAAGAAGGAGAUCAUUGACAUAUACAAGGCGAAACUCAGGUCUAUUGACUGCAAGCACUUCAACUUUGGAAAUGGAAACUGCCCCUUUGGAGGAAGUUGUUUCUACAAGCAUGCAUAUUCUGAUGGUAACUUGGAAGAAGCUGUUAUACGACAUCUUGGUUCUCAAGAAGGAGAAACUGCAAUAGCAGACAGUGUGGCUGGGCUAUCAGAGUUCCUUGGUCGCGUGCAGUUUUAAGUACUCUUUUCCCUAAAUAAUCGAAUCAGAAGACAGGAGGCUGAUGACAACCAUCUUCUCUUUCCAAAAGCAUUUGAUUCCCGUUGAAAAAUCCCUUGAAAUACCAGAAAAUGAAGACAAGCUCAGAGAGGGAUGAUAGUUCAAAAACAUAUUAGGAGACAGAAGAAAACUCAUCUGUAAAUAAUAUUUUUAGAUAGGGGAUGCCUAACUUACAGUAUAUGUAAAUAAAUAACAAAGAUUGUUUGACCAAAGCAUGCUACCAUUCAUGUGAUGUAAAUAAAACUUUUCAUAACCACUCACUCAUGUGAAAAGAUUUAUACGAGGGAUUCAAAUUA